GUGGUCCGUGGACAGUGAAAAGCAGCAUGCGCGAAUGCAGUGCACAGCAGUGUGAGAGUAUCGCAUUAUGAGCUUCAGUGCUUCGUGGGUUCUUUUUCCAUUGAUGUAUCGGACAUCAUUUAAAGCUUGCUCAACACUCGCAAACAUUAGAUUUUAUGUAGAUUUUCUAUUAUAGCGUAACUAUCCAAAGUGUGAGUGUUUUUUGGUUUGUUUCUUUUGUAGGCUACUGGCUUUGUUUUGUUUUUGUAGACUGGUUUAGGAUGUUCCAAUUAUAUUUUUGGGACAUUUUGUUUGAUUUAUGAAAUUCUCCUUAUUUCUCAGCAGAAGUAAUGUUUGAUCUUUAGCCUAAACAUUACUCUCAAUAAUUUUCAAGAUUGUUUCAUUUGGAUUUGAACUAUUCUGGCCAAUUUGAUGAGAUUAGGCUGUCAAUCAUAAAUAGGCCUAUUGAAACGGGGUUGGUCCAAAGUAAAUGUUUAAAAUAUAUUUAUACAUUUGACUCUAUACCUACAAUACUGAUUUCGAGUUUGGAGUUAAUAAAAAAUAUACCAAAUUAGAGAAAAAUCAUUAAAAUAUUGUUUUGCUAAAGCUAAGCAAGUCUAAGAAUAUUAGUUUCAAAAUUGCACUUUUUAACCGUCCACUCCCUGUCCCUUUGGUAUUUCAUAGGCUAUAUGUAUUGAGUGCUCAGAAGGUAAUAUUUUCUGUGGUGCACUGCUCUCCAAUCACUGGCACGGCCCCUAGUGGACAAUAAUAUGAAGCUUGGGGAUUCAUAAUUCUAUAUAUUUUCUUACCUGAGUCUCUCUCUCUUCCGCUCUCUCUCUCGCUGAGAAAAGGAAGGAUCUGUUGAAAAAGUAAACCCAUUUAUUAAAUAAACAUAUUACAUCCAAUUAGUAAUAUCAGGGCUGGUUUGGUUAUGUUGGAUUAUAUUGAGUAAAUAUUGAUUUUUAAGGAGAAAGUGUGAUGGGAGAUUGCGUAAUGAGUUAGGCUAUAGGCCCAAGGGUUAUUAUGGCAGGCUUGGUUUAUUAUCGGGUGAGGUGUCAAUUUUGAAAGGGAGCAAUAGUGACUACAUUUUUGAGAAGGGGAGGCUUUAUAAAAAAAACAAUCUAUAACAAAUUUCCUCUUUAAGACAUUUUCACACUCAUUAUGCUCAAGAGUUGAUAGGGAUGGGCCUGAAUUUAAUGUUUGCUCUUACUAUAAAUGACAAAGUUAAUUUGCCAUGAAUUGCAGUGAUUUUCUUUUUUAGUUUAUACAAAAAUAAAAUACCCUAUACAUUUGUUAUCAUGCCCUUUGCUCCGUCCAGCCUUCAUUGCAAAUAUGGUUUAUAUGCUGCAAACAGAAGUAGAGGUUGGUUUGGUCUCAAGAGUGGUCAAAUGGUGUUUGCCCGCAAUUCUGUUAGUUGUCGGUUUGCUAAUUACAAAUGCAGGGAAACUCCUGUUAAGUAUUCUUCAUGAUGUUGCAGACUCCCGCUGUUUCUUUCACAUUAUCAUAAGCAGAUUACAAAUAGCGGGCAACACACCCAUAUGCAGAUAGAGGAGAGGGCUAUUUCUAACUUGCAUUAUAAUGGUCUGCUCUGCUGUAGUCUAGGCCUACCUAUCGCCACAUCUCACCCAAUUACUCAAAUGUUAAACUUUUCAAUAUGGUGGUAAUAAACUAUGUACCAAUUUCUAUAUAAUUUAAAUAAGUAGUGAUGUUUGAUGAAAUAUACAAAAUAGGCCUAUAAUUAUUUUAUUUAAAAUAUAAUUUUAUGUAAUAUUAUAGGUUAAGCAUUGUAGAUGCGUAUCACUGAAAUGUUUAAGAUUUUGUAAGCACACGCUCACAAGAAUGUGUCCUAAAAAUACAGUCUAUACAGUGUCCAGAUUCUCGAUACAUUUAUGUAUUGGCCGAUUUGAUGCUUUUCCAGGAUCUACAGGAUCUACAGCAUCAUUCAUAGCCAAAUGUUCUACCAUAAGUAGCCUACAAAUGAAAAGGGAUUAUCAGUAUACUAAACAUGUAGUUGGUAGCUUUAACAAGUUAUAUUAUUAUAGUUCACAACAGAAUAAAUAAGUGUAUUAGGCUAUAACAGUGUUACAUGACACCUUUUAGGUUCAUAAAUGUGGUUUUGCUAUUGUCUAUUUUGCCAGCAGACGGCGCUGAAGGCAUGUAACAACGUGGCUUCAUCUGUCUGUGUGGCUCAUACCUAACCUUUUGAAUAUAGCUUAUGUGUGAAUUUAUAUAUGUAUAAACACGUGCUUUUACUGGAUACAUAGCGGCUUGUUACUGUAUUUUGCUUCUCAUAUUCUAUCAUCUUUCGUAGCUCACAUCUACAAUGUAAAUUAACCAUCAGAUCAUUAACAAAUAAAAACAAUUGUAUAGACCUAUUUAAGACAUGUAUCUAUCCUAUAGGAGUUUUAACAAUGCCAAUUGUUGAUGUUAUGGGUUGAAAACCUAUGGGCAAAAUUGCAUGUUAUUUUGGCCUGUCAUUGAAGUAGUGACCACUCUUGGUCAUAUUGUUAGUGAGUGAACUUUUUUUGUUUACUCAAAUGUCCUACGACUAAGUGAAUUUCAACAACAAAGGAAUGGAAGUUAGGCUAUAUGUAGUCAUGUUUUUGUUCGGGCUUAUGUACUGACAACACCCGAAAUAAAACUAGGCAACUUAUUUGUGAUGGGCUUGCCUCCGUUUUCUUUUGGCAUUCAACUUCAGUUCAAGUGAAGCUCAUCCAUUUCAACAAUGGGGAAACAGCUAAGAUUACCUAUCCCCUUCAAUGUAAAAACCGAGCUGAACUUGCUGAUCGGUUCCUUUUAUGUUAAGUUAACUGAAAACACGAAUAUUUAUUUCAUGGAUAGCUACACUACUUCUAAUUACUAACAGUAAAGGAAUAACAUCACCCCUAUGGCUAUAGCCUCUACAACUAGACCUCUACAUUCACAACUAUUACUACAACUGUUACUACGGCCAAAUGGUAAUAAAGUGAUUGUUCUAAGCAAACUUGAUAGAAUAAUAUAGGCUAGGAUAUUUGUACGUUGAAGUUUUGAUUGAUUUAUGCCUCCAUUUGCUUUGCCCCUGUUUAGUCGUUGGACAUUUAAAAAAUCAGGAUAUAGCCUACAAAUAGAAAACACGAUAUAAAGAUAUUUACAUUUGAUUCAGUAAAGAUGCAAUAUCUAAUUAAGUUUAAAAUGCUAUUUAUUAUUCUCAACAACUUUUGAAUGUUGGCUUAAAAUAAUAGCCUAUAUAAAUUGAAACAGCUGAAUUGGUCCAAUAUGCUGUUUACCUAACAAUAUAAUUAAAUGUAUCCUACUGUAUAAUUUCUGGAUCUUGUAAUCCUUCGAUUUUCAGUAGGAAGCACUUAAAGUUUGCCAUCCUAGUGAAAUGUUUCCACUUAAAGCACUUGCAAUAAUAAAUAUAUAGCUUAGGCCUAUUGGUUGAUAACAGCAGAUUCUGCCUCAGUGCUCCACCACUGACCGCAAGUAACCCCGCCCCUUUAUGCUAAAUAAAAGACACAAUCCUGGCCGAGGGAACAGUCGCUCUGUGAUUGGUCAGGUAAAAAGGCAUUUAUUCCCUGACAGCCCUCAUCACAUGAAUGGUUGUCUAUUAACUUGUUCAAAAAGUAUCAGGAGUUGUCAAGGCUCUGGCGAAGAGGGAAAAGUAGUUUGUUGAUUCUUUGAGACCAAGAGAGAAGUUUGUGGACACAACAGGACCUACUGGCUCAAAGCAAAAAGACGUUUACUAUUUCUACAAAGUUACUGAAAACGACAAGGUAACUCCAGCUAACUACCUUUUGAGUUGGACUUUUUCAAUUGGUUGGGCAAAUUUAAUAAAAAUCUGUUAAUAAUGUAUAACAUGAUGGAAACUGAACUGAAACCCCCCGCACCCCAGACAAAUUCUGGGGGUACUGGGAAUUCAAAUUCAUCUGGAAACAACCAGAAAAACAGUCCGGACCGAGUCAAGAGACCCAUGAAUGCCUUCAUGGUUUGGUCGAGGGGACAACGAAGAAAGAUGGCACAGGAAAACCCCAAAAUGCACAAUUCGGAAAUAAGCAAAAGACUUGGGGCCGAGUGGAAGCUUCUAUCUGAGAGCGAAAAGCGACCUUUCAUUGACGAAGCGAAGCGUCUCCGGGCUCUCCACAUGAAGGAACAUCCGGAUUACAAAUACCGACCCCGGAGGAAAACCAAGACGCUGAUGAAGAAGGACAAGUACACUCUGCCAGGUGGGCUGCUUGCACCGGGCGGCAAUGGCAUGGGCGCGGGAGUGGGUGUAGGGGGAGGCUUGGGCGGUGGGGUUAAUCAAAGGAUGGACAGUUACGCACAUAUGAACGGCUGGACAAAUGGAGGUUAUGGCAUGAUGCAGGAGCAGCUUGGCUACGGGCAGCACCCCGGUUUAAACGCUCACAACAACGCGCAGAUGCAGCAAAUGCACCGCUAUGACAUGAGCGCACUUCAGUACAACUCCAUGACAAACUCCCAGACCUACAUGAACGGAUCACCCACGUAUAGCAUGUCCUACUCACAGCAAAGCACUCCUGGAAUGACUCUGGGCUCCAUGGGUUCGGUGGUCAAGUCAGAGUCCAGUUCCAGUCCCCCCGUAGUCACGUCGUCGUCUCACUCCAGGGGUGCUCCAUGUCAGACAGGAGACCUACGGGACAUGAUCAGUAUGUACUUACCGGGCGCUGAGGUGCCGGAGCAAACUGCUCAAAGCAGACUCCACAUGUCCCAACAUUACCAGAGCGCACCUGUACCCGGCACGACGAUUAAUGGCACACUCCCAUUAUCACAUAUGUAAAUUAACUUUUAUAAGAGAAACUGGACUACUCUGGACUAUUUUUGUACAGAAAAUUUGGGGUGGGAAAUGUUGUAUAGAACUCAAGGAAAGAACAUAAAACUUUUUUUGUCUUUCUAUUCUAAAGAUAAGUUCUAGAGGAACGGUAGGAACUCUGCAAAAGUUUUUCAGUGAUGUAUAAGUUUGGAAAGUAGAAAGUGGGGGAGUCUCAAUCAGAUGUUUUAUUAUUGCAAUCACCUUUUGUACAGUAUUUAUCAAAGAAACAUAACAAUCAGAUGUAAUGUUUGUAAACUACAAGAGGUUACAUUUUUAUAAUCAUAAAGUCUGCAGCAAAGAAAAUGGCAGAAUUGAAAUUGAGUUCAAGAUGCUUCUAAAACUGCAAACAUUGGAAUAGCGGUAGUAAAAGCAAAGCAGGUAAAUGUUUCUCCUUGAGGGUCAUUAGUACUAAACCAUUUUAAUUUCCUUUAAAAAAAGAAGAAGAAGCAGAAACCUUUCCUUGCAGGUUAAGCAUAAUUGUUAAUUUAUAUUUUGUCUCCCACUUUUCAUCUGUUAGAGGUAUAAAGUUUGUGUUCUUUAUUUUCUAAUGAUUUGUACGAUUUAUGUAUAUUUACUGUGAUAUUUUAAGUUUUUAUUUCAAAUUUCAUUCCCGUAGUUGUAUUUUAAAUGUUGGCCUGUACGCAGCUGCCAACACUUCAUGUAUAUAUAUAUUCGAACUAAUAUCAUCAUUAUAACAGUUACAAUUUCAGCUGAGUUUUUUCAAUAUGCAGUUUGAAAUGAAUAAAUUUUUGAAAUUUGGAUACUUGAAA